UUCCUAAUUUCCUAAGCUUUUUCGUCUCAAACUUUUUUAAGCACCCAAAAACCCACUUCGAAUAUUAUAAAUACGAUCAAGCGUUUCCGAAAACAACCAAGCUAUAUAUAUAUAUAACCAAAUUAUUCAGGUUUUUCAAAAAUGGCUGGAUUCGUACGUACAAAACGACUCAGUGACCCGCUCGACGCGCGAGUUAGGGAUCGCCUCGUCGGGAGAGAUCCUGGCUCCGACCACGGCUAUUCCAGCAGCGGGAGCGAGCACUCCGCCGAUGAUUCUCCGUGUUUGUCCGUACUCAUUCACUGUUUUCUUGAGGAUGACGAGUCCGAGACCCGGUCGUCUGGUUUUGAAUACUACGAUUCCGACUCGGAGCAGGUCGAAUCGGUAUCCGAUCGAGUCGAUGCGACCGAGUGCAUUCUCAGGUCCACGGCAGCUAGCAAUGCUGAUUCGUACAGGAAGCUUCUUCAGGCUCAUGUUUCCCAAGGUGUUGAAGCUUUCUCGCGCAUGAGAUCUAACAAGCCUAUGUUCAGGCGAAACGUCAUGUCGUUAUUACGCGAUUUGGGACACAAUGCCGCGAUCUGCAAGACCAAAUGGGAAUCCUCCGGCGGAAUCACCGGCGGAAGCUACGAGUUCAUCGACGCCGUGCUUAAACCUAGCUCCUGGUCAGGAACAGCAGCCGGGGAACCCCGCCGCUACUUAAUCGAUCUCGACUUCGCUGCCGAGUUCGAGAUCGCGCGGCCGUCGGCUCAAUACUCGAGGCUGUUACAGUCUCUUCCGAGAGUAUUCAUCGGCAAAGGAGAUGAGCUGAAGCGGAUCGUCAGAACAAUGUGCGAGGCGGCCAAGAGAUCGUUGAAAAGCACAGAGCUUUCAAUACCACCAUGGAGAAAGAACCGGUACAUGCAGAACAAAUGGUUCGGUCCGUACCGCCGGACUGUAAAUCCAGCACCGGAGAUAACGUCUCCGCCGGUGGCUUCCCCGGCACCCACUUCCGUCGUGAAAUGCCGGUGGGUUGGUUUCGAUAACGUCGUGUCCGACGGCCACGUCAACGGCAGUUCUUUUGUCCGAAUAAGAUGAUAACGGCGUACAGUAGUGAUUGCGAAGAAGAAUGAUGUAAACGAGUCGUAACUUAUCGAAUCGUGACCGUUGAUUUGUCCAAAAACUGUAGGGUCAGACGAUCGAGCGGUUGUAAGAGACGGAGAAAUUUAUAUAAUGUCAAUUAAUUGUACGUAUAAAUCAAAUAUUUAUCCGGAUAGGAUAAUAUAAAUAUAAAUAUAAAUUGUGAUUGCGAUGACGUGGCGGAAGCGUUUUGUGUAUACCGGUAGUAGUUUUCGCGAGCUAAUAGAUUUGACGUUUUGAUGA